AUGAGAAAUCUAAACAGAAGCCAUGUGCAGGAUUUUGUCCUGGUGGGUUUCCCCACCUCUCCACCCCUCCAGCUCUUCCUAUUUUUCUUCUUUUUUGCAAUUUAUCUACUGACAGUGUUGGAGAAUGUCCUCAUUGUUUCUACAGUUUGGCUCACUCCAAGCCUUCACCGCCCCAUGUACUUCUUCCUGUGCCAUCUCUCUUUCCUGGAACUAUGGUACAUCAAUGUCACCGUCCCUCGGCUCUUGGGAGCCUUUCUCACCGGCGACGGUCGAGUCUCCUACGUAGGUUGCAUGACUCAACUCUACUUCUUUAUUGCUCUGGCCUGCACCGAGUGUGUCCUCUUGGCGGUGAUGGCCUAUGACCGCUACCUGGCCAUCUGCGAACCCCUCCGAUACGCUAGCCUCAUGCCUGCCAGCCUGGCCACGCGUCUUGCUGCUGCCUCAUGGGGCAGCGGUUUCUUCAGCUCCAUGAUGAAGCUGCUGUUCAUUUCCAGACUGUCUUACUGCGGGCCCAACAUCAUCAACCACUUUUUCUGUGACAUUUCCCCACUGCUCAACCUCACCUGCUCUGACAAGGAGCAAGCCGAGCUGGUAGACUUCCUGCUGGCUCUGGUCAUGAUCCUGCUCCCUCUGCUGGCUGUGGUCUCCUCCUACGCUGCCAUCAUCGCGGCCAUCCUGAGGAUCCCGACCGCUCAAGGACGCCGCAAAGCUUUCUCCACCUGUGCCUCCCACCUGGCCGUGGUGGUCAUCUACUACUCCUCCACUCUCUUCACGUACGCCCGGCCACGGGCCAUGUAUACCUUCAACUACAGCAAAAUCAUCUCCGUGCUCUACACCGUCAUCGUGCCCUGCCUCAACCCAGCCAUCUACUGCUUGAGAAACAAGGAGGUGAAAGAGGCCUUCAGGAAGACGCUGCUUGGGAGGUGUCACUAUCUCAGGAAUGUUCCAGACUGA